UAUUCAUAUAUUCCCCAGAAAUCCUGAAACAAAUGGCCCAGAAAUCAACCACCGAACCGAUUUCGACGUCCCGGAUCUCAUUCUCCAGCGAUUUCUUCCUCGACGAAAGCAACGUCAUCUCCAUCAACCCGCAUUCUCGACCCGAGGAGGAGCUGAAGAAGAAGGGCGGCGGCAGUGGUGGUGCCGGCGAGCUUUUCUGUCGAGUAUUGCGGCGGUGCCGGGAGGAGCGUGACGGUAAAACCGGAUUCAGAGGGAAAGAGGUUAACGAAGAGGAGGGGGGAAAAGCGGUGAAGAAAGAGGAGAGGAGGGCGAGUUGGUUCGUCGUCGGCGAUGACGAGUUGUCACCGAGGCCGCCGAGAUGCACGGUUUUGUGGAAGGAGUUGCUGAGGUUGAAGAAGCAGGGGGCUUCUUCUAUGUUGCCAUCGUCGUCUUCGAGGAGCAGUGUGAAGACGAGGAAAUGGUUAUUUGAACAUAAGUGA